ACUCGGUGCGAUGCGUACGGUUUCUCGUUGAUCGAAUAAUAUGUUAAUUAUUAAAUAACUAUAUGUUUCUAUUUUAUAAUUUAAUUAGUAGGUGACUCUGGAAUCUUUAGAGAAUUUAAUAUGUUUCUGAAUUGUCCUGUUGAAACAUUACAUAAAUUAUAUAAUGAAAACCACUGAAGUACAGUAAUUUCCUUGUUCAUAUUGAGAACAUCCGUUGAAAAAACAAGGGUGCAUAGUGCUUAACUGAUUAACAGUGACAUAUGUGACCAAUUUUUAAUUGAACAACGUAACGCUUUAACUUGAUGUUCUAAUUUCUUUUUUCCGACAGUGCCUGGGUCUACUUGCAAUCAUGGCUUCGAGUGCACUUACAGAAAAGAUCAAUAAAAUUCGACAAUUGAAUGAGGAAAUUAAGAGAAGACAUGAGGAAGUAGAAGAAGAUAAAAAAAAUGCAGCUAAACAAAAUGCUUUAGUGCAAAUGGUACCAUCAACAGAUUGGCCAGAGAGGAAAGAACCACCAGAAUUUACCAACUCACCUAAAACCAAACAAAAGCCAACCAAAGAAAGACAUGAAUAUGUACCGCAGUCUCAUUCUGGUGAAGGAAGGAAAAUACAUUCUUUUGCCCAAGGUGAAGGACCACCACCAGAUCCUAAAUACAACUUUUUAGCAGAUUCUGAGCGAGAAGAACCUACUGAAUACACAAAAGAAACUGUUGGAAAUAGAUUUAAUAAUAAAGGACUAAGAGGCAGUUUCAGGAAAAAGAUUGGUGGAAGAGAAAAUGUAGAGAAGCAGGAUAAUAAAUUCAAUAAGGGAAACUACAAAGGUGAAUCACAGUCAGGAUAUGAUGCUUGGAGAGCAGAAAGAAAUCGAAUUGACGAAGAUCGUAUUAGUAGACAAAGAACAGCAGAAGGCAACUGGCUUAGAGAAUGGGAUAAUGAUAAAUUCACAACACAUAAUAGAAAUGAUGAGUAUGAGAGAGAUCCAAAUAGAGAGCAUGCAUCUACACAGUACUACUCUGACAGGCUGCAGAAUACAGCACUGCCUAGAUUCUCCAAUGUCAGGAAAAAAUAUAAAGAUUCCGGCAGGAAAUAUGAUAAUAACAACGAGCAUGUUAAUUACAAUCAAGGUGGAAAUCAUCGCCCUUACCGUGGUUCAGCAAAAAAUGUUCAUGGCAAUCAUGACAAUCGGUCUCAUACUACAUACAAUCAGCAUAGAAAUAAUGCACCUACAACUGUGAAAAGGUCUGAAUCUCCAACUUCUGAAGAAAGAACUGUUAUUGCAACUGAUAAAAGUAUUAAAGUGACACUAAAUCAGAGCAGUGCAAUAAAAGGACCAGUUAUGAGUAUUAAAGUGAAUUCUCCAAGCAUAGCUGGCACAGGUAGAGUUGGACCACGCCAAAGAACUCGUGUCACAUAUAGUCAUUCAGAUGUUGAUACACCUACAACUGAAAAUGAAUCAUUCUUUCGUCAAAAAUCAUUUGAAGACAAAUCAAAAGGAAGUUUCUUCAAUAAUCAAAAGUUUUCUAACAUAAAGAGAUCUCAUUCACAAAAGAAGAAAGACAGUGAUUCUAGGCCUUUGUACUAUCAAAGAAAAGAAGGCAAAAGGGAGGACGAUACAAAUUUUCACAAAUACCACGAUAAUGAAUUUAGAUCUUAUCCACAGAAAGACCAGCAAAGAACAUAUACUCCUAAAUCGCCAAAACCGAUGAAAGGAAAUACGAGAAUAAUAAAACACGAUGCUUCAAAUGUGAAUGUUACACAGAAAAGUUCGGUUACUGAUGAAACAAAUGUUGAAAAUGACGUUAAAACAGAAAAGUCAGAUUCACUUGAGGUAACUGAACUUGAGCAUACAGAAGUACAUACUAUAGAAAGUAGCGAAAUGGAUGCUGAAAAUAAGAUUGCAAACGAUAUAGUAUUGAAAAAUGAAUCAGAAGAAACUUGCGCGGGUUUUUCAUCAGAAACAGAAAGUCUCGAACAUGUUGAUAAAGAGGGUUUGAAAAAACUUGAUUUAAAUAAUGAAAACAAUGGUGCAGAAGUUGUAAAUAACAUAACACAGGAUUUACAAGAAAAUAAUAAUACGUCUUCCGAAACAAGUAAUGCUCAAUCUAAAGAUGUAGUAGGUGCGAAUGAAAAUGAUGAAAUCGUUAAAUCAGAAGAAAUUCUUCCAACUAAAGAUGAUCAGCAACUGUUGGAACAAGCGGAAAAUACUGUUUGUAAGGAUUCUGAAAAUGAAAUUUCUUUGCAAGAAACUGUAGAAGUAGCAACCAACAAUUCUGUAUCUCCAUCGGAGACUACAACACAAUCUGUGAUAGAAGUUAAUGAUCAAUCAGUAUGUAAUAAUGAACUGGUACAGUAUCAAGCCGAAAAAACAAAUGAAAACGAUGAAUCAUCCGAUACAAUUUCAAGAGAUAUUACAGUUAAGAAAGAGAUAAAUGUAGAGGAUAUAAGUAAUACCAAUAUAAAUACUGUAGAGCAGGAAAAAGAAAAAGAUAAAGACAUCAUUAACGAAAAGGUGGAAGAUGCAGGGGGGUUAUAAAAUAUAACAAUGAAAAUGAUGUCGAUUCUUGAUAAUGUAUUUAACGGAUGUUUCAUUGAUACUUUUUCACAUUAGAAUUAUUUCUAAUACUCGCUUCUUUAUAAAUAUUAUUUAUGAACAGAUUUUAUGAAAACAUUGAAAAUCGUAUAUUUUGUUUUAAUAACUGAAUAGUAGAUUGUUAUUUUUAAAUCUGUUAUAAUUUUGAUACAGUUUUUAAAAAUUGUAAAUGGAUAUAUAUAAUUCGUUGAUGUUAUCGAGAAUCUGAUAUAUUACUUUAGAGUUUAAGAGAUAUUUCUGAAGCAAUACGUUUUAAAGUUAUUAACUAAGUUAAUUCAAAUACUAAUUGCGCACAAUCGUUGGUGUUAAUUGAUGAGUCCUUUGUGGCUGUAGUUUGGUCACGUUGCAAAUCAAUGUUACUUCAAGUAAUUGUAUUUGUUAUCUUUCUAAAUACAUUGGAAGUAAUGUAUUAAUUUUAUUUAAAAAUACUGUUUUGUUUUUUCUUAUGAAAGUUGUUAUUAUUGUAAAAGAAUUGAAAGCUGCAAAGGAUUAGCACGUUGCAAUUAAUUAACAUAGUACUUUUACACAUUUAGAAAUCUACGAGUUAUGAUUCAUAUUUCUAAUAUUCGGUGUAAAAUUCUAUGACAAUAGAGUGUAGUGAAGUCUUGAUGUAUGGCCCUAGAUAAAGCUGUAGAUAUAAGCGAAACUCCUAUGCAGUGCUUGGUCGACAAAGCUUUGCUAACAAUGAACAAAUUUGCAAUUUUUAUGCCUUCGCGUCUUUUAUCACCAAUAUAAUGUGAAAGACAGUACGAAAGGGAACUCAUUAAGCAGAACACAUACGAGGGUACUAUAUAGCGAGACUGCACUAUGCUAACAUCUGUUCAGAUAUCGCACUUGAGUAAUAUUUUUAUAAUUGACUAUAACGAGCAAUUAUUAUUAGAAGUGGAUAUAUGCGUAUAUAAAAUUUAUAUUUCAAUAAUUCAAAGACCGUUCUUUAAAAAGAGCAGUCAUUUGCAGUGUUCUAAAUGAUAACAUAAAUGUUAUGAUAUAUAUAUUUAUUUAAUUUUAGCAAAAAAAUAAUACUAUGUUGCAACUAAAAUUCGAAAAAUCUAACCAUGCCAAAUCAUGUAUAUGCGCGCGCGCGUGCAAACACAUGUACGCACGCAAAUUUUUUUUUACUGAAAGAUUAUUUAUUGCACGUUUUUUUUUUUUUUAAUUAUAUAAUAUUUUGUUAUUCACUUGCUAAACAUUGGCUGAAAAUUGCACCGCUAUAUAUUU